AACGUCAUUAAGGUGGUCAACUUAGAUUUUUCUGUUAAUGAAUUUUCAUUUCACUAUUUCAAUUUUAAGUUUUGUUUUACCGAUAUAAAAUAGCCGCAAUAUAUCUUUUAUUAUUUGUUCUUCCAAGAAGUAUUUUGUACAUAUCGAUUAUAUAUAACCCGCUUCUGAUCAUUCUGUAAUCUGUAUAUUGUUAUUAUUGUUGUGAUUUUCAACUUCGCACGCAAUAUUGUUAGAUUAUUUAUUAAUGUCACCGGUUUCUUAUAAGUUCUAAAAUUAUGGCUACGCGAAAGAGAAGUGGUUCAGGAUCUAAAAGACAUUUAAAAGAAAAAGUCGUGCAAAUAUACGAGUCCUUUUUUAGAGGAGAAGAUUUGACAACCGAUAAUCCAACAUUCUGGGAUGAAUUCUUCUUGCUGAAACCGAAAAUUCCGCAACUAGAAGCUGAGAUACAUAAACUAUCAGUGGAACAGCUCCUGAAUAUGAAAGAAAGUAUAAACUUGCUUGUAACACAAUGCAUAGAAAUGUUAGGACAAGAGCAUCACAUAAGGUUAGUGUAUGCACUACAAACAUUAAGUGCUCUUAUUAUCACUAUGUACCAAAGGGUAAUUCAGGACAGCAAUUUAAAUGUUAAAGUGGUUUUAAUUGGUACAGAGAAUGCAGACACCAAAAUGCAAAAAUUAUUUGAGCAUUGUAGUACUAUACUCUCUGGUGAUGUGCCAGAUAGUUUAAAGUCUAUGGUCAUAAAGCUUUUACUUGUAAUAGCUACAGGAAUGGACAACAUAGAUGACAAUCCUCUUGUGGAAUAUUUAAUGCUAAAUUCACUAUUUGAGCCCUUAAUUCAAUUGUUGUGCACAUCAACAGAAAGACAACAACAUGGCUAUGAUGUGGUGAUGCUUCUAAUGUUCCUAGUAAACUAUAAAAAAGAAGAAUCAGCUAAUCCAUACAUUGUUAAACUAUCAAUACUUGAUGAUGAAUUAGCUUUAAAUGGAUAUGGUCAAGUGAUAACAGCAGCUUUGAAUGAUUUUGUGAUGUCAACAUUUGGAGGUAUGCAAGGUGGGAGUGGUGGUGGUGGAUGGCUUUCCUCACUUACCAGUAUGGUAGGGGGAAUAUUCCUCACAAGUGAUGAUACUCAACCAGUUGUCAGAGGACAGAGAAACAGUGGAGGCGAAGAAGGCAUGUUACUGGCCCUCUACGAGGCUGCUCACUUAAAUCGGAAUUUCAUGACGACAUUGGCACACUCUUCAGCCGCCGCUUCCUCAGCGCCGCCGUCGCCUCCAGCGACGUUGCCGCCACACCAGAAUCCUCCAAAUCUAUCACAGAUACAAGCAUUGGAUAAUGAACAACCUACUAACCUCUUAGUGACAUUCUUCCAAUAUUGUUCAAUAGUGAUGGCCGACACAAGAAGCGAGGCUAGCAUCAACAAGUGCAGUCUAUGUUUUAUUACUUUAACAUGUAUAGUGGAAGAACAAUUUGCUAAUUCUAUAAUGCAUGACCAAAAUCUUACUUUUAAGGUUCAGCUAUAUAGGUUACCAAUGCGUCAUAGGAAAAUUGUUCCUGAGGAACCACCUUCUCAACCUUUAGCUUCUACUUUAAUAGACUUACUGGUGGAGUUCACCAUGUGCCACCUGUUGAAGAAGUUUCCUGGGGAUCUGUACUCGCUAUGCCUGGGGGUACUGGUGCGACUGUUGAGCUACCAAAAGCGCGCGCGCGUUCGUCUCGCACGUGACUGGCGGCCAUUAUGGGCAGCACUCAUCGCGCUGCUCAAGUUCCUCGUGGCCAAUGAUACUGCACUAUUACGACGUCAUAACAUCUUUCAAAUGGCGCAGCAGGUCGUAAAUAUAUUUAAUAUUUUCAUUACAUUUGGUGACACAUUUUUACCGACACCAGCAUCGUAUGACCAACUAUAUUAUGAACUCAUAAGAAUGCAUCAAGUAUUCGAUAACCUUUUUUAUAUGGCGUUACGAUAUUCUACUGGAGAUGGCGAAUUUAAAGCUGAAGCAUUACGUCUUGCAAACUGUUUAGUCAAUGUCCGCGCGAUAAUUCAACAUUUUACCCCAAAAAUAGACUCGUGGCUGGCUUUGCAAAACCUUUCCACGCCUACAGAAGAUCAGAUACUGGAGGUGGUGCGUAAGAACUACGACAGCCUGAUCCUGAAGCUGCAGGAAGGCCUGGAGGGGUACGAGCGGUACUCGGAGCGGCGCCACCGCGAGCUGGUGGCGCGGGAGGCCCGGGCUGCAGCCGCGGCCGCGCGCGCCCACGGCCCGCGCCUGCACGCCGCCGCCUCCGCCGCCGCCUGCGCGCUCUCGCACUACUCCGCCAUCGCCUGA